AUGUCAGCCUUUGAAAAAAAUAUGAAAUUAUUCAUUGCUUUGUCUGCCUUCGUGGUGUUGGCUGCUGCCACCCCAGUGGCCAGCGUGUCUUCAAGAGCAGAUCUGAAAGACAUAAUCGAGUCUAUUUAUCAUCCCAGUACCGACCCUGCAACUGCCAAAUUGCUGUUGGACAUGCUUUUGGAACAACUUGGAUACACGAAACCUGACAUCGGCCCCGCACUCAUCGAUUUUGACGUUCCUGAGACCGCCCCUGCCUCCCCAAUCUCCCCAGUUUCUCCAGCCUCCCCAGCCUCCCCAAUCUCCCCUCUAGUUCAGAUCGUUGUGAAUGUUCAGAAAGAUACUGUAGCUCCUGCUGACGUUUCUGGGCCUGGUUUUAUUCACAAACCCCACCCUGGUAGUUUGAUUAACCCCCGAGUAUAA